CCCGCCCCCUCCUCCGGCAGCUCCCCGCUCGCUGGCUCCUUCCCGCCGCUCCCCGCUGCGCAGAGCGCCGCGCCGGCGGGGGUAUGGACAGCCAGCGCUGCUUCGCCAACCGCUUCCAUGACUACGCGGGCAGCCCGGAGGCGGCGCCGGACAAAGAGGCGGCGGUGCCGCUGGUGACGGCCACCAUCGAGCGGAUCCUGCGGGAGCUGCCGCCCCUGGGCGGCCCCCGCGCCUGCCAGGGCGGGCUGUACGGCGGCGUGGCCGGCGUGGCCUACAUGCUGUACCACGUCGCGCAGUGCCCGCUGUUCGCGCCGUCGCGGGAGGCCUACCUGCGGUCCGCCCGCCGCGUCGUGGACGCCUGCCUGCGCUACCAGGAGGGCAGCGGCGAGGCCGACGCCGACACCCGCGCCGCCUUCCUGCUGGGCGGCGCCGGCGUGUACGCGGUGGCUGCACUGGUCUACCGCGCCCUGGGGCUGCCCGACUUCGCCCGGCCGCUGGGCAAGUUCCGGGAGCUCAGCGAGGUCUGCGCCCCGCUGUCCUUCCUCGAGUGCGGCUCGGACGAACUCUUCGUCGGCCGCGCCGGGUACCUGUGCGCCGCCCUGGUGCUGAAGCAGCGGCUGGGCAUGGAGGUGCUGACCCCAGCACAAAUAAAAUCAAUUUGCCUGGCCAUACUAGAAUCAGGAAAGCAGUAUGCAGUGAAGAAGCGAAAACCGUUCCCGCUCAUGUAUUCCUACUAUGGCACAGAGUACCUUGGUGCAGCUCAUGGGCUUUCAUCAAUCCUUCAGAUGUUACUUUCCUAUUAUGAGUACCUGCAGCCAGCAGAUCAGGAGCUUGUGUGGCAGAGUGUUGAUUUUCUUAUGGACCAAGAACAGAACAGCAACUGGCCUCCUGAGCUGGGAGAGACAAUUGAGCGGGAGAAUGAACUUGUACACUGGUGUCAUGGAGCUCCAGGCAUUGCAUACCUGUUUGCCAAAGCUUACCUGGUUUCCAAGAAGCCUCAAUAUCUGGACACUUGUAUCCGCUGUGGAGAGCUAACUUGGCAGAAAGGCCUGUUGAAGAAGGGACCUGGAAUAUGUCAUGGAGUGGCUGGUAGUGCUUAUGUGUUCCUGCUGCUCUAUAGGCUCACUGGAAACUCAAAAUACAUAUACAGGGCACAAAGGUUUGCAGAGUUCUUAUUUACAGAAGAAUUUAAGGCUGGUUCCCGGGCAUUAGAAAGUGUAUAUAGUCUGUAUGAAGGUUUCUCAGGAACUGUGUGUUUCCUGACUGACUUGCUGCAACCCAACCAAGCUGAGUUUCCUCUCUUCAGUGUCUUUGUCUAGAGAAUAACAUUCUCCAGGGCCACAUCCUGGUGGCGAUGGGAGAGGACACCUGCAGUUUCACUUAUUUGUCGAGACAGGCUAUUUACAAAACAAGCCAGUGGUACCACUAAUGCUAGCCUUAACAUAGCUGGGAGUCAGGUGAAAAAGAAACUACACUGGGGCUUUGGGAGGGAAGUGUGUGGUCAAAAAAAAUAGGUCAGUAAAAAAAAAGGGGGGGGGGAAGUGAUUGAAUCUGAUGUAGUAGAUAUUUAGCUGUAAUAAGAAGCAAAAUCUAAUUACUCAAGUGAGAGAGAAAGGGGCAUUCUCAAACUUUUAAUUUGGUGGUUGCACAGGAGAAAAAAAAAGGCAAGCUAGAAUUACAGGGACGUGCAAAGAAGAAACAGUGAUGCAUCCAGUAGGUUUUAAAAAGAGACCUGCAGAAAACUUCAUGCAGCAAUGCACUUACUGGAGAGGGUGUCGUAGACAUGUCACUACACUGCAUUUGCAAGGGCAAAAUCUGGGAUUUUUUACCUAAACCACGUCUACUAGUUCUGGUAACAUGUAUUAGAAAUAUCUGUAUCCUGGAGCUCUUUCGUCUUCAUGUGCGUAUAAUGAUGUUUAUGUAGAUAGCUAUAUAUUCAGCCUCCAGUUUCACAGAUUCAUUUCAGCUAGUGGGGUUUUAUGUGUGCAAAUGAGAACUGAAUUUGACCCUUGCUUUCAGAGCUCAGUCUGUUGUGAGGAGCUGGUCUCCUUACUGAUCACUGUAACUGUGUCACUUCUUGUCAAUACUUUCCCUGUCACAGGGAAGUGGAGCCAUUGAAGACUUGCAUUGAAAAGUUCUAUAGCAAAGAUACAGCAGGCAGAUGCUUUCUUCAUGGUACAGCAUUACUGGAUAAGUACUGUUCAGUGAUACAAAAGCUUCCUUUAAAAAUUAAUUACUUACAACAGCAUUCUUGAUCAAUAACGUACAUAUUUUAGUAAACAGAAAGUCUGUUUUCCUUGAUGAAUUGUUCACUACAAACCCUGCAAACUGAAUGCAAACCUUGCGUGGCAUGCCGAUCUUAAAAACCCCCUUGAUAACAAAUCUCAAAUUUGCUUCUUUUCCUGGUUAACAAAAUAAUGUCUAUGCCCAAAUGAUUUGCAGCUAUAGAAAUAAAUGGGUUGCUCAACACUAGUUGCACUAGCACUUAAGGUUGCAAUUAUGUGCUGUUUUAUAUGUAUUAUAUAUAUGACAUGGUACUUGAAAGCUAAAGAAAAUGCUAACAUAGAUUUGUACUAAAAACCUAUAGAAUCAAUAUCCGUAUUUAAAAUAUAUUGAAUAUUUAUUUAUUUAUUUUGAUGGGAAUAAUGUAAUGCAGUUACCUUUAAAGACAGAUUGGGAAGACCAGUAUGUCAAAAGUUGAAGUUAGGGUGAAAAAGUUGUCGUACAUGCACUGCCAAACAAUGCAGUCUCUCUUCCUGCAUUCUUAGCUGGAGGAGAUUACAAUUCCUUUAUUUUUAAUGCCUAAUGGAUUAAAGUUCCCAUUUCAUUUCAGUAGGCCUUGAUCAGACUGUAAAUUGGAGCCAGGUCUGACAAUCCUUCCACAUUUUAAUGGAGUAAUCCCAUUCCUAAUCUUGCCACUUAUUUUAAUGAGAUGGCUUGCAUUAUUAUGAGCUGCAGAUUAGGACUUCUAUUUUGUCUUGCACUGUGCAGUUCUAAUUAAUUAGUUAAACAUAGAAGUAAUCAUAUUUCAUUAGUGAAUAAAGCAAUGCAGUUCUGUAUCAGUUUGUCAAGAAUUUAGGGAUUUUUUGGUGAAUGGAAAUGUUAAAAUUCAAUGUACAGUUGCUAUGUGUUUACUAUUUGUGGGAUAAAAGGUCUUCUAAGAAAGCCAUUAAUGUCACUUUGUUACUCUGAGCAGUGAGAUGUGUACACAUAGGAGGAUGUAUUUCACGGGGAGGUAUACAUGUGAGGCUAAAUCAAAAAGUCAAUGGAGAUGUGUGUGUGUGCUCUGCCCAGGCAGGCUGAAGUGCUCCUGUUAGAUCAAAGUCAAUUGUGAGUAGUGGAGAUUGUAAGUGCAUUAGGAUUUUUAUCUAGUUGCUUCCUGUAAUGCAUGUGGCUCAUAUAUUUCAUAACCGGAAUCUUUUUAAAGAAAUGCUUAAGGAAGGUAAAACAGGGCCUAUCCACUUUUUCCCUGUGGUAAAUAGCUUUUCAGUCUCAAUUUUUAUUGUAGGGUAAUGUCACUCAUCUAAAACAUGUAAGUAACAACAUUUGUGCCAUAGCAUUUCGAUAGCUACCGUAACUGUAUUCUAUCUUAUUGUAAGACAGAGAACUAGCUUUUGCCAUGAUCUAGACUCAAGCUGUUGCUAUCUACAUGUAUUGCCAAUCCUUUUAUGUAAAGAUAGAUACAAACAUAAAAACGUCUAGCGUUUCGAUAACUACACCCUCAAAAAACACAACCAACUCCAGACUUAAGCCUUAACAGAAUCUACAUGUAUCAGAAUAGUAAUCAUGACCUUUUGAUUUUGUACCUAGUGCCUACUUUUUAAUUAUCAGUGGGCCACAACAUUUAAUUGCUUCCAGUUAGUUAUUUCUCAGGAGAUGCUUGAAGAAGAAAAUUUUUGCCAAAGCCUCAGUAAACCUAGAGCACAAUAAAUCAGCACAGUAACUUAGAUCCUGACCAAGUCAUUAAUACUGAUACUGUAACAUAUACCACAUAUAUGUUAAAAUUUACCAUAAUAGCAGUACCUGAAAUCACUCCAUUUUAUUAAGCUUAACUUCCAAUGGUCAUGCUUCCAUUUAUCUUUUAAUGUAAUUCUUCAUAAAUGGCAGGAAGUAUACAUUAAGAACUUAGUGCCAGUUUUCUAGUGGUUUCCCCUCUGUGUCUCUUUGUAGAAAAAAUUCCUUCUGAUUUACAUUCAGAUGAGACUCUGAUCUGCUCUGUGUUGUGUUACAACAGCACACGCCAAACAAAUCUUCUGUACCUGCAACCCUGCUCCGUAUAGGAAGCCAUGUGUUUGACUUCAUUUGAGAAAGAAAAUAGUUACUUGGGUAAGAGUUAGUCCAUUCAGCAAUGAGAAAACCCAUGCAACCACCCAGUUUUCAAAAUCUAGGGGUCAAACAUCUCUGUAAGUCAUGCAAGUUCAGCACUGACUUUGUCAAGGGCAGCAUGCAAACUUUGUUUAAUUAAGAUCAGUUACAGUAACAUAAAUAUCCAGUCUCAUGGGAUACAACUUGUAAAAAUCUUGGAACAUAAUUAUUCAUCUCUUUCAUCAGACAUGGCAGUUUGAGCUCAUCCUUAGAGCUUCAUGACUUUUCUCACCUGACGUACCUGGUUUACGGCGGCUACUAGACAUGCUGUACUCGCAGCUGCUGAACACAGUGUAAAUAUACCCCAGGGCUCGUCUGAAAAUGCAAUCAUUAAAUGAGCAGGUUUUUUUCAAUCCUCUUGCUCCUAAUUGUCUACCUGCUUUUUUUCCUUUGUACUAUAUAUGCUGUUACAUACAUGCUAUUGCAACCUUUGUUUUUAAGACAUUGACAGGAAAGCAACCUGAGCAGAGCCGCCAGCACUUUUCAGUGCAAUAAAAAACAUAAGGUCCUUUGUGUUCCCUCCUUACUGCUUUGAGAAGUCGAUCAUGCAACCUUUAUUAGACAUUGUCAGCAGGAUGCUCUCUCCUCAUGCUCCCGAAUUGGGCCCUGAUAGACUGAAAAAGUGUAUUCCUGUACAGAUUCUGCCAUGGUGCUGUGACAAAAGACAGUGUUACUGGAAACUCGAGAAGCCUCUUUCAAAGUGUAAAACACAAGUUCCUACAUCACGUUUGCACAUUAGUUUCUUGACCAUGUUUAGUUUAUUAAGUGUAGGCAAUAGGAAUUUAAGUGAUAUACUAGUAUUUCUGAUUAUGCUGUUAAAGAGGAUGCAUUCUGUGGGUAUUGGUGCUUAUUUGUGAUGUAUCUCUGUUUGUGUGGUUCUGUUUGUGAGUAAAGCUGUAGACUACAAAUCAGUUUAAGGAGCUAUAUACUUUUCAUGACUUUUGGUAGGUCAUCCAUAGAUUACUGUUGUGGAAUAAUUUUGAGGGAAUCUAGAUCUGUGAUGUCCAGAUUUAGUGAUUUCAGGAUUUAUAGAGCCAGAUGCAACAAGUUUCAUCAAUAGUACAGUUCUAACAAAUUUAUCUUUUCCUGCUACUCACAACUUCUCAGUAUGAUAACAUAUUCAUUUUGUGCCUCUGCUUUCAAUUUCUGCUCUGUUUGCAUUGUUGUUUUCUUCAGUUUCCCUGCCUUUAUUUCCCAACCUAUGAAUAACUUCAGAAGGCUGAAGCAGCAGCCCAGGUCUUUUGUUCUUGAAAAUAAGAUUGAUUAAUUUUGCUUGAGGGAUGUUCCACUUACUUGCAUUACAUUAUUUUACACUCCCAGGUGGUCUCUUCUCACUGGCUCUGCCAUUUCCCACCUGCCAAGGAAAAAUCAUUAUACUAUCUAGCAACCGCCACUGAUGUUUUACAUCAUUAAAUACAACAGAGACUUUCCAAGGAGCAUGUUCACUUCCCUAGUAUCUCAAUUGUAUGAAAACAGUCAAAACCCAGUGGAAUGUCUACACAUCCCAAAAUACACAUUUAAAUAGUUCUGGGAAAUAUGCACAAACAAGUGCAAGUAAAGUGGUCACCCUUUUUGCUGCUCUGUGAAAUUAAGUAAUGCCACAUUAAUGUUCUAAUAAUAAUUACAUGGACAUGUAGAGAGUAUGAUAAGAAUACUGAUUAGCUUUUAAAAUGCUGUGGAAAAAAACACUGAAGCGUAAGUAUCUGAUAUACUGAGAAACAUACAGGUACAACAUGUGCAAAUGGAAACUUUCAUAAGCAAUCGGAUUUUUAUUCUUACAUCGUUAUCUGCAUGUACAGUUAACAGCAUCUGCCAACACAUUGCAUGUUUUAUGCAAUCAGUGACCUAUUUUAGCAUAUGCAUGCAUUUUGAGAAUAUAUCCUUGUUACUUGGACCUGUAAGACCCAUGGACAGAGUGUACCUCUGAGGUCAGCUAGGUAAAUCUCAGGUGCGGUAAUGUUCUACAUAUCUUGUAUAUUCACUGGCAGGGGUGCAUAUUCUAAUCUGUAGGAAUAAGAAUUGCCCUGUAGAUUUUAAAGAGUAAUCUUCCUAUGAAGAACUACACUGAUGAGCAAUUGCUGGCUAACAGCACAGCUUAGAUGAUUGCUCUAUGAAAGCUUUUCAGUUUAUAUAAAUGUCCUGGACUAAGAAGUAAGCAGCAGAAAGCUAAAUUGAAAAGAAAUAAGAAAAUGACCAAAAAUCACAUUACUGAGGGAACAACAUACUUCAAAGCCAUAAGCGAAAAAUGCUCAGGGCCCAAAAAACGAUACAGCAAUUUAGGGAUGUGAAUAGUCAUUUUCCAAGAGAAGAGCACAGUUCACGUCAUUGCACAGACAGUGGUACUGUGUGAACUGCACAGGUUUUUUAGCUGCUUUGAACAGUGCUUCAUUGCCAUUAUAGCAAAGUCAUUACAUGCUGAAAAGAGUCUGCCUGUGAAGGAGUUGCCUGUAGCUGAACCUACUGCCUACUCCAGUCAUUUGAUGGAAGUGAUGUACGCUAUUGAUGCUUAGGCAGUUUAAAAAAGUAGAUCCAACAAGCCAACAUGCACCAAUUUCUUGACCUAGGCCUGUGAGUUAAACCUCCUGACUAAUUAGUACUGUCAUUGAUGUUACUGCUGGUCCUGUACCCUGUAUAUUUAAAAUCCUACAUCAUGCCCAGAAAAAAGUCAAUUUAUAAAUAGCAAUCUGCUUGAAAAUACAUAAGUCCAUAUUUAUUUUUAAUACUUACAAGAGAGUCCCUUGACUUCGUUCCUUGCAUGACUCAAAGAGAAAGCGGAGGCAUUUAGGUCAAGUACAGCAAUACCAACUAGAAUGACAGAAAAUUAAUUAAAAACUCAUUCUGCCUAGUGGUAUAAUGGUAUUUGAAUAAAAGAUACUUUAUAAUACAGUGAUAUUCGGCAACAGCACUGCAUGAGCACAUACAUACUGCCCAGAAAAUUUUAUGUAGAACUCCUGAUGUCAAUUAUAUCCCAUAGUGAAAACAAAUCCUAUUCAAGAAUUUAUUUCUACUACAUAUAGAAGAGAAAGCUGUAUGACCAGAAAUCUAACUCUGCUUCUGUCUUCCUUACCAUGACCACACAUGAAAGUUUUCAUCUAACAGUGGUCUGAUUUCACCACUGAUUUGGCCUUCUGUGCCCAUUUUAAGGGACUCAUAUGCCACCUGCUGAUCUCAGUUGUGAAUCUCCACUUGAUUUCAGGCAUGCAAGGAUAGGUCCUUCCACAUGCGUGAAAUAGGGGCAAAACUGCAUCAUUCUGGCCCCCAAGCCUACAAACUUUCCUUUACAUGAGUCCCAUGGAAUUAGUAAGGGUUGUUCAUCUAGUAAGAGGAAAGCACAGGUGUUUGCAUAUGUAGGGCCCUAUUUGGUAGCAGUUUUAUACCCAUUUUCCCACAAUAUAGAUGAAUGCCAAUACAAAUAAAAAGUACAGGGAACUUAAACAGCAUCAUUUCAUGUCUAGCUUGUGUUGGUGACACUUGAUUAUUCAAUAUAUUCCAAUAUAUUGAAUAUAUACUCAACAUUUCUUGAGUACAUGCCGCACUUUAGGUUGGUUUCUCAGUGUGAUAGCCAUUCACAGCCAUAAUAUAAGAGACCCUUAGAAUCAAGACUGAUUUGAUUCUUUAGAAUUGCACCUUAUUGUUUAAAAGCAGGACCCCUGCUCUUCUAAUGUUUUAAACACUGUGAUCUUUCAGAAUGUGUUUAUUGUAUUAGUUUUGUAUUGCAAAUUAUUAUAGAAACUAGAUUUUUUAGCUUUUUAAAAGCCGUGAUAAUACUAAGCUUCAUUGUGUCAGAACAACUCUGUGUAUAUCUAUAUUAUGAAUAUUAAAGCUGUGAUUAUAUUUUGCCUUAAAUAAAAGCCCAACCUUGAACAGUA